AUCCUGGUGUGAGAUCAUAACAGAGAUCUUAAGCCUCACAAUCUCUUGAUGGAUCCCAAGACGAUGAGGCUCAAAAUUGCAGAUCUUGGUUUAGCAAGAGCCUUCACUCUGCCAAUGAAGAAGUAUACCCAUGAGAUAUUGACACUGUGGUACAGAGCUCCAGAAGUUCUUCUUGGCGCUACCCACUACUCUACAGCUGUGGAUAUGUGGUCUGUUGGCUGCAUUUUUGCUGAACUUGUGACCAACCAGGCAAUCUUUCAGGGAGACUCUGAGCUCCAACAGCUCCUCCAUAUUUUCAAGUUGUUUGGGACACCCAAUGAAGAAAUGUGGCCUGGCGUGAACACACUCAAGAACUGGCAUGAAUACCCACAGUGGAAACCCUCGAGUCUCUCCUCAGCUGUUCCAAACCUCGACGAGGCUGGACUUGAUCUUCUCUCUAAAAUGCUGCAGUACGAGCCAGCGAAACGAAUCUCAGCGAAGAUGGCUAUGGAGCAUCCUUACUUUAAUGAUCUGCCAGACAAGUCUUCUCUCUAAGGAUUUAAAUCUUCAGUUAGUAUCUUUCCCAGUUUUAUUGUUUUGCUUCUUUCUAGCAUAUCUCUAGUGUGCUGCUUCCCCCUCUAGGAAUCAUCCUUCUUUCAAGCAGAAUAUCACUUCUGAUUGUUGUUUCUUUCUGUUCGAAUAUUUGUAUCAAACGGCUUUAACGUCUUGAGAAUAUAUAAAAAUUUGCAAUUAUGCA